AUGUGGGGAGAUUCCUAUGUGUCUUCGGAUUUUGUUCCUUCAAUUCAAGCAUCAGGUGGAUUGCUGUGCUUGUGGAAUAACUCAGAUUUUCAGGUGGAGAGAAGGGUUAAGGCUGGGAAAAAGACCUUGUGGGAUGAUUUGAGGGACCUCAAGGCUUCUAAUCCUACUGGUUUAUGGUGCUUUCUAGGGGAUUUCAAUACUAUCAGGAGCCAGGAUGAGAGAAUUAGCUUAUCUCAGAGGAGUGUUGUCACCUCAGAUACCUCAGAUUUCAAUGAUUGGAUAUCUGAGAUGGAGCUCCAUGAUAUUAGAUGCUUUGGCAGCAAUUUUACUUGGUUUAGGCCCAAUGAUAGUGCCAAGAGUAGGCUUGACAGAUUCUUGGUGUCUGAUCAGUGGUUAUACUUGUGGCCUGAUACUUCCCAACAUGUCCUUCAAAGAGAUUAUUCUGAUCAUUGUCCAAUCAUUUUGAAGACAAGGAUGGUGGACUGGGGCCCUAAGCCUUUUCGGGGGGACAUUAAAGCUUCCAAGAUUCAGAACCUCAAGCAGAAAUUAUGUGAUUUGGAGAAUCUAGCUUCUCAUAGAAUUCUAUCUGAUAGUGAAGUUAUAACCAAGAGAGCUUUGCAACAAGAGUUGUGGGAUAUUUCAAAUGCUUAUGAAUCCUUGUUGAGGCAGAAAUCUAGGGCUAAGUGGAUCAAGGAGGGUGACAAAAAUACAGCUUACUUCCACAAAGUGAUCAAUUUCAGAAGAAGCUCAAAUGCUGUUCAUGGUAUUCUCAUUGAUGGUGCUUGGGUCCAGCAACCUGACCUUGUUAAGAAUGCAGUGGUUAACUUCUUUCUUGAGAGGUUCACUGAGCUGAAUCCCUAUAGACCUACUUUGGAUGGGGGGAUGUUUCUUCAUUCUUCGGAACUAGCUGGGAGGAACCCUAAGCAAGACUGUCCCUCACAAAGCCCUGCCACUAUUAAUAGCUUCAAUAAUAGUUAUUUUGAGAAUGAGGAGGAUCUUCCUAGGGAGAUUGCUAGAGAUUUGGGUGUGUCCUAUGCUGAUAAAAACACCUGUAAGGACAAGAUGAAGUAUGAUGUUAUUAACAAUAGCAUUUUCCCUCAAUUAGCAGCAGUGAUGGGAACGGAGCAGAAUGACCCAUGA